GUGUUCGGCUAAAGAAACACGUGUGUAGAGCACAUUCCAGAAUCAUCCACUCGUCGCUAGAUGUCGGAAUGGGUAUAUAAACGGUCGCAUCCCGGCGAUUUGGUCACAAUUCAAGUUCAACGCCUGUGUACGAAGCGCUAAACAAUCAAGUGAUUUUCACAAUGAAGUCAAACUCAUUUUCAUAUUUAUUAAUUCUUGUUAUUUUCAACACCGCCACCGCAGACGACUGCAAAUGUAAAGCAGAAAAUAACCAAUUAUUCGAUCAAGAUUUCGGCAUGGCGUUAACGCCUGACGACUUCCUGACGAGCAUGGUGACUCCGUGGAUGAUGAGAGACUACUUCCGACCUUGGAGACAGAUGGCUGCCUUAGCGAAAGACUUGGGCUCGACCAUAAAGACAGAUAAAGACAAAUUCCAAGUUAACCUGGACGUCCAACAUUUCGCUCCUGACGAAAUCUCUGUGAAGACUGCGGACGGCUACGUACUGGUGGAAGCUAAACACGAAGAGAAACAAGAUCAACAUGGCUUCGUGUCCCGACAGUUCGUGAGGAAAUACUCUUUGCCUAAAGGUACUGAAUCUGAAGACGUAGUUUCAGAAUUGUCGAGUGACGGCGUUCUCACCAUCACCGCUCCCAGGAAGGUGGUGGAUGCUAAGGGUGAACGAGUUGUUCCUAUAACUCAAACUGGUCCUGUGCGAAAGG